CUUUCUCACCACUUUUUGUAUUACAAAAACUAUCCAAAAAGCCUCUUCACACUAUACCCAACCAACCACACUCUCAAUCUUGUCUCUCUCUAGAUUUGGAGAGCCUACAAAUGAAGAAUCUUAACCUUUGAUCAGUCUAUGGAAAAGAAAGCGUUAGAGGAGUUAAAAAGCAACUUAAAUAAUUCAAACUUGAUGGCUAACACAACAUUUUCCGAUCAGAUUCCGGCAGUUUAUGGUGGUAGUGGUGGUGGUCUUUUUGAUGUGCAUCAAGGGUACUUAGACAUGUUGGGUUUUCAAGACUAUGGUGGUGCUUCUUUAUUUGAUUUGCUUCAACAACCUACUACUCUUCCACCGGUGGAACAUCAGCAGCAGCAUCUACCACCGGUUUCCACCGUGCCGGAGACGGUUGAGAUGGUGAAUACACCGACCCAGAUUAGUUCUUCUGUCUCGUGUUCUUCAAACGAGGGUGCUAAUAAUGUUGACCAGGAGAACAACAAUAUUAGAUCAGUUCUGGUGGAUGAUGAAGGACAACAUAAUCAUCAUGAUGAUGUUGAUGAUGAUGAGGAUGAUCAAGAAAAGAGUACUAGUACUAAUAAACAGUUAAAACCCAAAAAGAAGAACCCUAAAAAGCUAAGGGAACCAAGAUUUGCGUUCAUGACAAAGAGUGAUAUUGAUCACUUGGAUGAUGGUUAUAGAUGGAGAAAGUACGGUCAGAAAGCUGUGAAAAACAGCCCUUAUCCUAGGAGUUACCAUCGGUGCACAAGUGUGGCUUGUGGAGUAAAGAAGCGAGUGGAAAGGUCAUCCGAAGAUCCAUCUAUCGUGAUCACAACUUAUGAAGGUACCCACACUCACCCGUAUCCAAUGACGCCUCGAGGAGCCAUAGGGAUCUUGCCAGAAACACCGGGUUAUGGAGGUUUUAAUGGUGGUGGUGGUGGUGUUAGUAAUGUUUCCUCUUUUCUUUUUACACAACCUUACUACCAACACCUACAACCACAACUACAACCCUAUUUCCAUAACCAAACUACACCAUCAUCUUCUCUAAGCUUUAGCACCACUAAUACUAGCCCACUUCUAUCAUCAUACUCUCAUAUCCUUCAAGAAAGACGUUUUUGCCCUUCACGUUCUUCUACGUUGGUUACUGAUCAUGGACUACUUGAGGAUGUCAUCCCCUUUCAGAUCCGAAAAGACGAACCCAAAGAACAGAAUUAAGUGCUAUAGUUAUCUUGCCUCAUGCUUUUAGACAAUCUUUCUAGUAAGCUUAUGUGCUAACAACGUACAAGGAUCGGUUUUUCAUGUGUUGAUCGAUAUUUAUCUACUUUUAGGUAAAAAGAUUAAACACCCAUUUCAUCUUGCAUAGCAAAGUUUGAUCAUCGAUCAGUGUACAAUGACUAGGUUUUUUUAUUUGGUUUUUAGCUAGCUAAUUAUGAACGGGUUGGCUUUGCUGAUGUUGUUGGUUCUUUCGUUUAUUCGUUGUACUUGCCAGAUAUUCCCAUAUAUUUUGUCAUGGAGAUUUUAGGUAUAUGAUUUUGUACAUCAGUUAAAAGUUCUUAUUC